AUGGACAGAACAAGCGACCAACGCCGUACAAGUUCUCCUACUUAUAAUCGACCUCGGGAUACUACACCAUAUCGUUCAAACACUACCUAUUCAGAAAGGGAUAACUACUCAAGUUCCCAUUAUAUACCUUCACGGAGCUAUUCGCAAAAUCCAGAAUACUCAAUGAGAGAACCUCCGCAAGGUAUCACUCGUUAUGAAGGACGAGAAGAGGACUCACAGAUAGCUUUCAGGGGACAAGCCCCGUAUGCUGGUAAUUCAAGAGAUCUAAAACCAUAUGGAAGACCGCAACUACUACCUCCUCAACCUUAUGAUCGAAGACCACCUUAUCGUGGUGGAACACCAUAUAAUAUUCCGCAUUCUC